CUUUUCCGAUGGAUUUUCGCGGGCUAGGACCUCGAUUUCUGCAACCUUUUAUAAGCCUGGAUUAGCGAGCUUGACGACUUUAUUGCUUUGCUGAUCAAAAGUCAGAGGAAAUCGAGACUUUGAUCCCUAGAAGCCUCCGCAAUGUUUCCCUCGCCUUAUUUUAAGGGUGUAGUUUGCUGUCUAAUUGUGAUUGGCAAGUAGUAAAUCCAAGCCGGAAAGGUGCCAUGUGCCCAUGUUGGUAGAGUUCUAUAAGUACGCACUUCUCCAUCUGUGGAUUCUUGAUACAUUCUUUCCAGCUUCUCCAUCUCGUAGAUUCCCCUGCCAUGCGACGAAAACAGCAUUGAUCCACAGUAUCCGUGGUCGGGCUGUACCUUUGUUCCGGAUCCCCAUUCAGGGGCACAUUGAUACUUGAAGUAAUAUUGAAAAUGGUUAGUGCGAGGUCAGUGGACAGGCAGUUGGAUACAUGCUUCAGCAACCUCAUGGUGUCUAGCGGCGGUGGAAGGGGGCAGGCUGAAACUGGUGGCGCUAUGCCUAUGUUGUCAGGAUGGAAGGACCUGCCAAUGGAGCUGCUUAUGCGGAUCAUAUCAGUUGCUGGAGAUGAUCGAAUUGUCGUUGUCGCAUCCGGUGUUUGCACUGGCUGGCACGACGCGUUAGGAUGGGGGGUUACUAAUCUUUCCCUUUCAUGGUGCCAGCAGAACAUGAAUAACUUAACGAUAUCAUUUGCUCACAAGUUCACAAAGCUUCAGGUUCUCACUCUUCGCCAAAUCAAACCUCAGCUCGAAGACAGUGCAGUAGAGGCUGUUGCCAACUACUGUUAUGAUCUACGUGAGUUAGACCUCAGCCGAAGUUUUCGGCUUAGUGACCGAUCAUUGUAUGCAUUGGCCAAUGGAUGUCCUCAGCUUACAAAACUGAACAUCAGUGGGUGUUCCAGUUUCAGUGACAGUGCCUUAAUCUACCUUAGUUGCCACUGUAAAAACCUGAAGAGCUUGAAUCUUUGUGGAUGUGGAAAGGCAGCCACUGAUGAAUCCUUGCAGGCCAUAGCCCAAAACUGUGGGCACCUGCAAUCUUUAAACCUAGGUUGGUGUGACAAUGUCACAGAUGAGGGGGUUACCAGCUUGGCAUCAGGCUGCCCUGAUCUCAGGGCCCUGGAUUUGUGUGGCUGUGUUCUUAUAACAGACGAAAGUGUUAUUGCUCUAGCAAGCGGGUGCCCGUACCUGCGAUCUUUGGGCCUGUACUACUGCCAGAACAUCACCGACCGUGCCAUGUACUCCCUCGCAAACAGCUGCGUGAAGAGCAAACGAGGGAGGUGGGGCACCCCGCGGAGCAGCAGCAGCAACUCGAAGGACGUCGACGGGCUGGCUAACCUGAACAUCAGCCAGUGCACGGCCCUGACGCCUCCCGCGGUUCAGGCGGUGUGCGACUCCUUCCCGUCGCUCCACACCUGCCCGGAGAGGCACUCCCUCAUCAUCAGCGGCUGCCUCAGCCUGACUAACGUCCACUGUGCCUGCGGCCUCCAGCGCCACCGCGCCGGAAGCGCCCUGCAGGCCACCAGCCAUGCGUACUGAGGAUGCGUGUGUGUGUGCGCUCUUGGUUCCGGCGAACCCCGUGUGCCUCGUGGGGGGAGGUUUGGUCCCGGCCUGGAGGAAGACGUGUAUAUAAACUCGGAACCAGGAAAUGUAAUGUUGUAGUAGGACUAUUGUAUUAUAUCAUGAGGACUCUGUGAUGCUCCCCCAUGCCAUUCUUGAAACUGGCAAGAAGUUGCAAUGCUAUGUAUCUGGUGGAUUUCAACAAGGAUUUAUCGGUUUGAUUCUGGGGAUCA